AUGAUUUCUACUAUGAACAAUGCUAUGUGUAUGCCAGUUCAUUGCCCAGCAAGUUCUAUGCCUCUUCCAAUUUCUGCUACAGUUACAACUGAAGAAAUGUGGAGAAAAUUCCAUCGGUUUACCAUGGAAAUGAUUGUGACCAAGUCAGGAAGGAAAAUGUUUCCAAAGUUAGAAUACAACGUCACGGGACUGAACCCUUCUGCUUUAUAUGCUAUGUCAGUUACGAUGGAACGUGUUGAUGAUCACAAAUACAAAUUCAGUGCAGGUGAAUGGCACACUAAUGGAAUGGCCGAACCUCGUUUAAUGGAAAGACCAGUUAUUCAUUACGAUGGAGUCAAAUCUGGAGAGUACUGGAUGGAUAGAAAAAAUUCAUUUGAUCGCAUUCGUCUUACGAACAACGCCAAUACUUCAGACUAUUGUGCUAUUGUUCUCCAGUCCAUGCAUAAGUACAUCCCAGUUCUCAAGAUUUACGAAGUACCUUGCAAAGCUGAUGUCUGGAUUGACUCAACUAUGCCAAAUCUUGAUUGUUGCCAUCUUGUAGCAUCUAUCAAACAUCCAUUCACCUCCUUUGUGGCUGUUACAGCUUACCAGAAUCUGGAAAUUACAAGACUGAAAAUUGACAUGAAUCCUUUCGCUAAAGGAUUCCGUGACGGAUCAGACAGAAAGAGAAACUCUAGAAGUCCUCCACACAAUGAGGAACCUUCGCCCAAAAGAAGCCCAGAAGUAGCUCAGAAGUAUCCUUUCCCUAGCCAUAUGCCCUUUCCUAAAGAUUUCCAGGAAUCUCAAUGGUUGUUUAAUCCCAUGUGGUAUGAUAUGAACCCUAUGUGGUACAUGCCACAUCCCCAGGUUUAUCAAGCUCCUAUGCCAAACUUCUGGUAA